UACGUAUAAAUAUUCAUGCCUCUUAUUAAUAUGCUUAUUAAUUUCAGUUUGAGAUGGACCUCAGUAAUGCAUCUAGUGAAGUUCUCUUCAUCAGGUUUGUGCUUUGAGACAUUCUUCGAUGCUUGAUUUAUCUAUAAAUAUUGCUGUAAAUAACUUGUUCGCUCAAGUCGGAAGGUGUUUGUUUUGUUUUUUUUCAGCUGCGUUCGUGAAAUACUCUCACUCUUUGUGGCUUACAUUAAAGACACUUUAUGUGCCCUUAGGUUGCAUUUAAACUUUUAAAACCAUCAGUUAUGUCUUCGUUUUCUUUCAUAUGGUUGUGGUAUUUGUCCUCAAAGCUUUUAUCUCACACCAGCUUUAUAUGCAGAAGCGUGUUUGUUUACCCUCACAAUAUGACAAGCCGUCGAGCUCUUCAGUGGAUAAAAUACCCUUCAGGAUAGAGUUAAGUAGUUUUUAAUAUUACAAACUUAAUUUGAAUAUUGCUCCAACAUUUCGUCAACUCAAGGAUGAUAGUAAUAUCCCCUGACUUCUGUGUGAAUCAUAAUUUAGAGGGAGUCGCUUUACUGCCACUGUGAAUCAUGUCAGGAGUCGACUGAUGCGAAGGAAGAUAAUUUUAUUCAAAUAAAUAUGUAUUUAUUUACUUGCUUGCUUGUUUGCAAGGACUUUAAUUUUGAAGCUUUAUUUGGGGGUAUUCCUGUUAUCGUCACAUCUCACACACUCCAAACUGGUGUGUGUGCCAAGUCAGAAAGUUGCACGAGGACAAGUUCAAAACUUUAUAAUGCCAUUACAUGUGAUGAACGUGCAAUGAUAAUGCAUCGCACAGAUAGCAGCAUUACAGGACAUUGAUAUGCACAUUUCUUUUGCCAGGAGUUUCAUUUAUUGCCUUUCCCUUGCAAGCUGUGCUGCAGCGAGUCCUUGACUGUUAAACUGUUACAAGGUACGUUUAGAGAGAGAGAGAGAGCGAGAGAGACCUUUGUCACAAUGUCAUGGCUGAGAACCACACGUGUUUUAGUAUGCAUACGACGCCUUAAGCUGAUAUUCAAAACAUCUCGGGUUAUUCCAGCCAGAAACAAUGUUGUGCAAAUAUAAGGACAAAAUUCAUCUCUGUAUGUUCAUAGUACUGUUUCUUCAGCUGUUAUCCAGGACUGCAGCACAGUCAUGUGCCAAAAGUUGUGGUGAGAAGUUUACCACAUGCUCCUGUCAUGCAACAUGUGAAUCUCUGAAGGACUGCUGUGCAGAUUAUAAACAGUUUUGCCUUGACAUUGAACCACACUCGGGGUCUUUGCUGGGAGGAACAGACUUUAAAAUCCUCAGUGUUACAUUUGAGCAGAACAUUAACCUCACUUGCAGGUUCAACUCAGAGAUUUUGACAGAGGGCUAUGUGGAUGUGAGCGGCGUGGGUCACUGUAUCUCUCCACUGCUCUAUGAGUCGGGCUGGAUCCCUUUUGAGGUGUCCACAGAUGGAGUCAACUAUGACAGAGCAGGGAGGUGGCUCUCAGUCCAUCACAGUAAGCUGGGUCCUGUUUACAAGAUCGUUCUGGUCAAUGCCACACAGUGGCAGUACUACGGCACACCAGAUGUCAGCGGGGAUUUAAAAAUGAUAUGGAUACCAUCUCUAAUAAAAGCAGAGAGAGUCAACAUCGAGCUGUGGGGGUACAAUGAGACUGGAGAGUCAUAUUCUGCUAAUUGGGAGGCAGAGUGGAAGUAUCUGUACACCGUGGGCAGAGAUGUGCCCAACAGUGGACUUUUCAGUUUCACCCCACAAAUUGCAGAAAAACCAUACUUCCUUUGGGACCUAGGGAGCAUGCGGGUCAGCCCCAGCUCUAAACAAGACGGAGCCCAAGAUGUUAACGCCCUGUGGAGUGGGGCGCAUGCGAUCGCCUGGCAUCUAGAGGAGGCCUUCAGGAAGGACUCUGCAGGCUGGGCCCGGGAAAAGUGUAUCAACUGGGAUAAAGAAGAGAAAGCAAUGCCCAACUUCCUUACAGAGAUCACUGACUGCCCCUGCACACUGGCCCAGGCUCGUGCUGACACCGGCAGAUUUCAUACUGAUUAUGGCUGUGAUAUUGAGGCAGGUAGUUUCUGCGUUUACCAUCCAGGUGCAGUUCACUGCGUUAGAGCCAUACAGGGCAGUCCUGAAUAUGGUGCUGGUCAGCAGUGUUGCUAUGACAGCACUGGAGCUCAGGUGCUCACGGGGGACUCUAUUGGUGGCAGCACCCCUGAUCGAGGGCACGACUGGGGGGCGCCGCCGUACAAGAAGCCUCCUAGAGUUCCAGGAUUCUCACACUGGAAGUAUGAUGUCAUCAGUUUUUACUAUUGCUGCCUGUGGUCAGACAACUGUGAAUACUACUUUACCCACCGUCCGUCCAGUGACUGCAGAACGUAUCGUCCUCCUAGAGCAGCUGCUGUCCUUGGUGACCCUCACUUCAUGACAUUCGAUGGCGUGACUUUUACCUUCAAUGGGAAAGGAGAGUACAGUCUUGUUCACUCUUCAGCCUAUGAGCUGUCUGUGCAAGGCAGGACUGAACCAAUGAAAUCAGAGAAUGGUUCUGUGGUUAUGGCAACACGACUCUGUUCAGUGGCCAUGAGGGAGAAAGACUCUGAUAUCAUCGAGGUGCGUCUUGGAGACCAAGUAGAUGAGCUCCAGAUCUUAAUGAACCAACAGGUGCUUUCCUUUUCUGAGCAAAAAUGGAUCGACCUUAAAGGUGUUUUUGUUUUUUCCCCUAAACCUACUAAUGUGACGGUGAUGUUUCCGUCGGGGACAGGAGUAGAGGUCCGAGCAGGUGGAGGGGUCAUGACCCUUACUGUUCUGCUGCCCCAUGACUUACACAACCACACGCAGGGUCUGCUCGGUACAAUGAAUGAUGACCCUGAAGAUGAAUUCACCUCUAGUAAUGGCGUGAUCAUCCCUUUCAAUAGCAGUGCACAAGACAUAUUCACCUAUUGUGCUGGCUGGGCCAUUACGAAUGAGACUUCACUGUUUACAUACGACUCAACCCACCUCCUGAAUGAAUAUUAUUAUGCCCCAAAGCACGAUCCGUCAUUUAUCCCUAACUUUUCUAUGACUGAAGACCCAGAGGAUCCCCUGCUAGAGCCAACGCUGAACCUAUGUGCAGGAGAGGGGGCUUCCUUCUGUAAAUACGAUGCAUUAAGCAUGCGCAGUCUGCAACAAGGCAAUGCCACACUACUGUCUUACCGGAGUCAUACGUCCACCAAGAAAGCUCUGGAACCUGUGCAGUCCUGUGGUUGGCUGCCACCACCUAACCACGGUCAGAAGGAAGGAACCUUUUACUUGGAGGGGGCAACGGUCACAUUCUCAUGUAACAGUGGAUACCGCCUCUAUGGGUCCCAGGAACGCACCUGUCAAGGGGAUGGCAUGUGGUCUGGACAGGAUACGCACUGUGUGGCUGAUAAUACGUUGGCCAUUGUCCUGGGGAGUCUUGGUGCGGUGUUGGCGUUGGUUGUCAUGGUGAUAGCAAUUGUUGUGUACACAAAGAAACAGAAAAGAGAAGCGAUGAAACAACAGGGCAAGGUGACUUAUCAGCAGCAUGCAUCACGACUGUGAUGUUCAUCAAGUGUACAUCCUUAUACAUUUGUAAAAAGAUUUUAUGAACAGUAUUAGUCUAUGUAUAAAUUUUAUGUUUCUAAUUUAAUAUUCUGUUUUAAAUUAAAUAUUUGGCCAUGGACAGUAGUUUAGUAUCUUUCUUGACUGAUAUGUCUGCUAAUACUGUAAAAAAUCUGAUUAUCUGAUCAGUGUAACGUCCGCUUCUAGAAUGAUCUGGCUGGUCUGUAUUCUGUAGCGUUGACUUGUACCUCUGUUGAUGACUUUAAGUUGUCUCUAGAAUUGUGUUGUCUGGCUGUGAACUACAAAUGGGAGACUGAACUACAUAAAGAAUAGCUCUGUUCCAAAACUUAUUAAGCUGCCCAUUUUUAGGCAUCAAAGAAGUGCUUUUGACACAAAGUUUGUUCCAAAAGGUAUGAACAAGAUGAUGCCACCUUCUAAAAAUGUUAUCACAGUAAACACAGUUCCAGAAUGUAUUUUGUUCAGUGAAAAAUAAUAAAUCACCAUGUGGCUCAAAAUA